AAUAAAAAGAACAUGAAAAUUAAUAAAAGAACAAAAGCUUAAGAGAAAACAAGCUUAAAUAAACGGCCCACAAACUGGAAGAAAGUCUAGCGUGUAAAACAAUUUUUGUUUUUUAAAUCCAUGCCACUGACGGAACGCCACUUCCAUCAGCCCAAACUGUUAAAAUUUUGAAUUUCAAACUACUUGCUUAAUUUGUCAAAAUGACACAUCGGUGAUGUAGAACUUAUUCGGUGAUCUAUCUGAAGAGGAAGAGGAAGAGGAAGAGGUCGAUUCCGAGCACGAGUCCAAUCCGCAGCCCAGUUUUGUAUGAUCCUCUAAUUUCAAGUUUCCUUUCUAUUCUGAUUCCAAAAGCAUGAUUGGGAAUGAGUAGGGUUUCAAUUUGUUCCGUAAUCUUAGCCGAAGGAAGAUAUAGGUUGUGCUUUUGUUAAUGGCGGUGGAUGAUUUGGAUGAAAGUAUGUAUCUUGGGGAUUUUUUUUUGCUUGCAGUUGUUUAGGCCUGGACUGAAGAAGUUUUGUGGAAUGAGAUUCUUAUGAGUAGUCAAUUUUAGUGGGAUUGUUGUUUCAAUCUGGAUAAUGAAUGAUGUCGUUUUCCUAUUCGGUCUGUCCUUUGAUGGUGUAGCAGAUCUGGAAUUUUGUGAAAUGCUCUUUCUGAUUAGAAAUAUAGAUUUGGUUUUAAAUUAUUUUCUUAACUGUUUGGUUCUGAUGUGCUUUACCGAUAAAUCAAGGGUUUGCAAGAUAUUUUUUUGUUGUUCUUUUUAAAUGGUGGGUGUUAUCAUUUUCUCUCUUUUUUCAUAUCUGUCUUGCCAUUGACUGGGGAUGUGGGUGAUACUGCUACCCUGUCUGUAACAAGAUUAUCUAUUGUGCUACUGCACUUUCUACUAUCAGCGGAGACCUCUACAGGGUUGAUCAAAGAGGGGCUUCAAUCUUACUAAAGCAUUUCAGGACUAUAACAACAAAAUGGUGCAAUUAUGAGCAGGAAAGAGUAGCAAGAGCAAACUUACAACUGUAAAGUUCAAGACUCCGGAGUCAGUGGAUGGAUGGGAAGUUCGUUGGGGGGCUUACUUUCAGGAUGUGGUUGCUUCUAAGUAUGAUGGAGGAAUGGAUGCCAAGUUCGAAUGCACUUUCACCGGAGAUGCUGUUUCCUCCCGAUAUGUUUUCACCAGAGGAGGGUAUGUUGCACAGCUUCCCAAAAUGAAAUUCAUGAAAUUACCUGAUGAAUUUGCCGCGCAGCUGCAACAUUUCGUGAAUUUGAGAAGCAGCUGUGCAAGUUCAGUGGAUGAUGCGAUCUGGGGUGCUGAAAAUGCCACAUUGAAAGCUGAGAUGAGUGGAAAGAAGCUAAUGCACUCAUGGAACAACUUAAGCUCAACCCUCAACUUCAGACGUUUCAAGCGUGGCUUUGGGAUUCUGCAACUCUUUCCCGGGUUUAAGGACUAUCAAGGUGCUUAGGGUUUGCGUUCGGUGUUUGAAUUAAGUAACUUUGGGUUAAACCAUUCUGUAAUAUCAGUAGGUUUGUUUUAGGUAUCUUAUGGUUUUAGAAUUGCCUGUGUACAAAGGAUUAUUAUGGCAACGAGAUCAUGUCGGUCUGGGAAGCUCUUUUGA